ACAUGAAAACGGUGUCCCCAUUACGUCAGAAUAGAAAACGGGAACUCGAUGUAAACAAACCCUAAAUUUAGAUAUCUCUUAUUUUCGCGAAUGAGACUGUCUUUAAAACACGCAUUCACUAUUUGUUAGACUGCGUAUAAGAGUCCAUGAACGGGAUUAAAGGUGUCAACAUCACUUAGUCUCAUCUGAGUUUCAUAACAAAGACUCAUAAACGUUUAUUGAUUGUGGCAAUGCGCACGGCGGGUCGCUAGCAGUGGCUCGCCCGCGCCGCCGAGCCUCAGAUCACCAUGGCAGCUGGUUGGGGGUGGGCGUUCAAACAUUUCGUGCUGUGUGUCCUGGUGUGUGCUGGCCAUGUGUUUGCGGGGCGCCGUGUUCCAGUUAGAGUUGAAGCCAUAUUCACAUCUGGAGACAGCCAUGGGUGGAAGGCCAAUGACGGGGCAGUGGUGGUGGCCGGCGAGGAGACUCAGUUGGAGCUGUGGGGCUCAGGACUGUCCAGGGGAGUGGAGGUUGGGCUGACGGCGGCGCAGGGGGUGCAAGGGACUCCGUGCCGGGCCCUUGUCACGCCCCCUCUUGCUCCUGACCCUGGCACUGCCACUCAUAACUACGCGUCGUACACCGUCCCGGCCAGCGACACCGAGCCCAUCCCCGUGGAGGUCGAGAUGGAGCUGUAUGUGUGUACACAGGAGCAACACCCGGUCAGCAGUAAAGGCCGCACUCGUCACGCCGGGGGAUGGGUUCACCAGGGACGCAACGGCCGCCUACUGCUGAAGGCCAACCCUCCACCCGUCCACAGGCUGAGCCUGCGAAGUAUAGACCUGCUCUCCUCGUCCGGCGGCCGGCCUGCCGCCCUCCCAAGCAUGGAGUCUUCCAGCACAGAUGAGGCCCCCGUGACGGACGCCUUCCUGGUGGAUGUAGCCGGUGCCGCGACGCUCACCACGCUGGCUGACGGUGAUGAACAGAACCUGAUAACCACGCCCGCCCCCAGCAUUGCCAGCCCUGACCGAGGUGAGGAAAUGGCGAGGGAACCAGGAGGCGCUCUGGCUCCUGGCAACAGUGAACGUUUUAAUAGUGAAGCAAAAACCUCCAAGGAUAGUGCGAUUGCGGUGAGGACCGCGGCGGAUGGUGCCGCCAAUGAUGCCGGAGUGCCUCAGGACGUGAUGCUUGGUGACGCGGCCGCCCCUCCCGCCGUGGCAGGCAGGACUCCUGAUAAGGAAGAUGCAAAUGCUAAAGAUCUUGAGAGUGAUGAUGUCAGAACUAGUGGUAGUGGUGAUUCAGUGUCAAUGGGAAUCGGAAUGGGGGAUCUGGCCGAUGAUACGAGGAAUCUCAUGAAGGAAGGGGUCUCUGGCUCCAGCCUGACGCAGCCCCGCUCCCCCGCGGCACCGCGCGCCAACGCCGCCAGGGACAGCAACGACCAGGACGCCACCGAGAGCAGCGCCGUUGAUAUGUCACAGAUCUCUAUCUCUGGUCUGAGGGUGGAGGAGCACGAGAAGGGCAUCUAUUACGAGGACUUGGCGGGGAGCGUGCUGGUCAACACGGAUGCGACGCUGCGGCUGUUUGGGCGGGGCCUCACUGUCGACUCCGAGGUGCUCUUCACGGCCUACCCGGCAGAGGCGGGGGACAUGUGUGGCUCACACCUCUCCAAGGCUUUCAAGGUGGAGGACAUCGGCGCCGGGUGGGCCACUGUGGUCGUUAAUCUGCCGCCCAUGAGUGCCGACCAGGACCGGUGGUACCUGUGUGUGCGCACCUCGGACCAGGACACGGCCUACCACCAAGGCAACGACCCUUGGCUCACCAUGUCCUCCUACAACCUCAUCCUUCCGCUCUGGCUGCAGGGCUGCUUCAUCGGGCUGCUGCUGGUGCUGUCCGGCCUCUUCUCGGGGCUGAACUUGGGCCUGAUGGCGCUCGAUAAGACGGAGCUGAAGAUCGUCUCCAACACGGGGUCGGCCGAGGAGCGUCGCUACGCCCGGGCCAUCGAGCCGGUGCGGCGCCACGGCAACUUCCUGCUGUGCACGCUGCUGCUUGGGAACGUGCUGGUCAACUCCACGCUCACCAUCCUUCUUGACGGGCUCUCCUCAGGACUCAUCGCCGUCGUCGGCUCCACCAUCGGCAUUGUCAUCUUUGGCGAGAUCAUCCCGCAAGCUAUCUGCUCGCGGCACGGCCUGGCCAUCGGGGCUCGAACUGUGUGGCUCGUGAGGGUGUUCAUGGUCCUCACGGGCCCAGCUGCUUACCCCAUCUCCAAGAUUCUCGACUUCGUUCUCGGGGAAGAGAUCGGCAACACCUACGACAGGGAGCGUCUCAUGGAGCUGAUCAAGGUGACGCACGACCGCAAUGACCUCAAGAUGGAAGAGCAAAACAUUAUCUGCGGCGCCCUUGAGCUGCACAAGAAGACCGUGGGCGAGGUGAUGACCAAGCUGGACGACGUGUAUAUGCUGUGCGUCGACAGGAACCUCGACUUCGACACCAUCAACGAGAUCAUGCAGCAAGGUUACUCUCGCGUUCCGGUGUACGAGGGGGAGCGGACCAACAUUAUGGCCGUGCUCUUCAUCAAGGACUUGGCCUACAUCGACCCCGACGACAACACACCUCUCAGGACCCUUUGCCAGUUUUACCAGAACCCUUGCAACUUCGUCUUCGUGGACACCACCCUCGAUGUCAUGUUCAAGGAGUUCAAAGAGGGCAACAAGGGCCACAUGGCGUUCGUGCAGCGGGUGAACAACGAGGGCGAGUGUGACCCUUUCUACGAGGUGCUUGGCCUGAUCACGCUCGAGGAUGUCAUUGAGGAGCUCAUUCAAGAGGAGAUCGUGGAUGAGACGGAUGUGUUCACGGACAACCGCACGAGGCGGCGCAGGGAGGCAACCGGGCGGCCGGACUUUACAGAGUUCUCCAACCCCACCAACCAGACCAACCACAAGCGUGUGCAGAUCUCCGCUCAGUUGCUGGUGGCAGCCCUGCAGUACCUCAGAACUUCUGUUGAGCCAUUCAAGGAAGGUCAGCUCUCUGAGUUGAUAGUGAAGAAGCUGCUGAAUCAAGAUGUCAUCCACACCAUCAAGCUGCGCAAUAAAGAAAAUCCUAAAGCUGAUUCCCAGUCAUACAUCUACACACAGGGUAAACCAGUUGACUAUUUUGUCUUGAUCCUGGAAGGCCACGUUGAGGUGACUAUAGGGAAAGAGAACCUCACCUUUGAGAGUGGUCCCUUCACCUACUUUGGCAUGGCUGCAGUGGCACAGAUCCAGUCUAUAGGUGAAUCUCCCUCCGCCUCCACUCAGCUCAGCAAAGGCAGCAUGCUGGGCAGUGUUCAGUCCCUGGAUGCAACCAAGUUUUCUUUCACUCCAGAUUACUCUGUUCGUGCAAUCACUGAGCAGGUGGUGUAUCUGAGGGUGCGACGGUCACACUACAUCGCUGCCAGACGUGCUUUCCUCCUGGAGCGGGCACAGAAAGAACCACACAGCGAUGAGCACUUUGAGAAAGAAAUUGCAAAGAUGCUGAUAGAGGAUGAUGGGCUAAGUUCACCGACCUGGGAGAGCACUCCCCUCACCACACCCCACGCCCGGGAGACUCCUGGAAUGGCAAAUGGUUCAACUGUGAAGGCUUGUGAUGCUGAUGAUAUACAGAUGACGUUCCACAACCUCCUGAACAACCCGCCUGUCUCACAGACACCUGAAGAUGCUCCUCCCAGCACCGGGGUGAAAAACUCCAUCUCUGUUCCGGGGACGCCUGUCAGCACUCACAACCAGCACUGCGUCAAGCCUAACAGCAGUGUCAUAGACUUGCAAGAUACAGCAACUUCAGCAAGCAGUAUUAACAUGAACCCAUCCUUGAGUGAAAAGGCUAAACCAGAAACCAAUAAUCUGAGUGCCAGUUCUGUUGAAGAUAAUGAUGAUCAGAAAGUGAUAGGACAAUCAGAUGUGAUGCCCAAUAUGAAUAGCCAUGUGAGCCUUGACUACAAACCCAGCAAUCUUGAUACUGAAGGUGUCUUACCCCCUAAGCGAGAGUCAUCUUUUUCCUGAGGUUUAGCUAAAGAAUGAUGUAUUUGAUUCUCAUAUUAUAUAUACACUACCAUAAUUUUUUAAUAUAUUAUAAAGAUUUUUAAGUAAAAGCUUAGGAUCAUGAAUUUUAGGUAUAGAUGACUCUGUACAUGUAUAUAGAGAUAGAAUACAAAUUUAAGCCAACAAGUAAGAUGCAUGGUUUCAUGAAUCAGUACACUAGCCAUUGUAGCUCAAUAUUCAUAUGAACCCUGGGGAUGGACGCCAUUUUUAGAAUUUUACGUCAAUUACUUAUGAACUUACUAAAAUAUCCAUUGAUAUGAACUUUUAUUUUUUUGUAGGAAGUUGAAACUUUAUGCAGCUGCAUACUUUUAAAUUGAUUGAAGGGUGGGGGGGGAAAGUUAUGGGCCCUCAGAUUGAUUGUGUUCUAAAAUGGAGAGAAAGAAAAAGUUAGUGGUGUUAGUUUUUAACAUUGUCUCCAUUUUAGUGGAUGAUGCAGUCAGUGCCGUCUCAUUGCUCUAAGUUUUAAUGUUUUACUGAAACCACAGGAAAUAUUCCAAAUUAGUAUUGCAACAAAAAUUGCAUUUUUUAUUAUAAUAAAACAAGGAUUAUGGUUCUAUUGGUGAGAUCAGGUUUACAGGUUUUAAAACGCUUGGUGCGUUGGUGUGUGAGUGGUUUCAAGACUUGAACCGAGAACAGAGAAGCACCACUUGUGAAGCAUCCUUUUUGCCUCUCCUACAUCAGGUUAACAAAUAUCAACAUAAACAUUUACUCUUGCAAAGUGGUCCUUUUAAAUUUCCAUAAACAUUUCCUUAUUGAUAAUAUUCACAAAUUUGAUAUAUAUACAUCAUAUUUGCUGUGAGAAAAGUUCAAUUCUUUUGUACAGGCACUUUUGUGUGAACAGUCACCAACACUAAGUGAUUUUGUAUGUUGAAGUAAUGUAACAUUGGUUGAUCCUUUCAAAUCUGCUGCUGUGAUAAAUACUUGUCAAGUUUUAAUGUAAAUGGACUACAGGUCAUACAAUCUACAUAUUUUUGGUAAUGGUUUGCAAGCUGCUAUUCCAUGAUCUUUAAGUGAAUUUCCCUUAUAAUGUUCUGCAUUCUUCAUUCUUGCCAGUCCAUGGUCGAGAGCAAUACUGAUGACUGCUGUAGUCAUUAAGGAAACUAUGAAACCUACUAAGCUGUUGUUCCUUGGUAUGUAUCAAAGAGUAGCCUCAUACAAUUAUGCAUAGGCUAUCACUUGGAAAUACAGUACACUGAACUCAGGGUUGGAAAUUAUUUUAGGGUGAAUUAAGACAUAUAGACUUUGCCAGCCAAUUAUCCUGACCACAGACAUUGCCUUGUUUUCUGGAGGAUCAUUUGAACCACCUCUGAGAUAAUGUUUCUAAUAGAAACUUCAUUAGUCAAAGGUUUUUAGUUCACGGAUAUCAGUCAUCCAUUUGAUGAAAAUUUUUGUAGAAAACAC